AUGUCUGCUUCCUCUCUUGAAGAUUUAGAACUAAACUGUGAUUUUAACGGAGAUGAGUAUGUGUGUGAAGACGAGGCCAAGCUCGUCAUAUUUCCAGACCACUUCGAGAUCCCCUUACCAAAUAUUGAGGAGUUGCCUGCACUGGUCAGUGAGUGUGGGCCCGUGCCCUCUGUGUGCCAUAUAUUCUGAAGGGAAACGGUGGUUCACGUACCAUCCUUUGCCUUGCUUAUCAUGUUUUCCGAUGCCAUAGGUAUCAUGUGCUUUUCUUUUUGUUGCAUAUGCUGUGUUAUUGUUUUGUUCACCACAGGGUCUUAUGGUUGUAAAAGCCAUUCUGUGCAUGUAUGGAUAAAUCGGUAACACUUUACUUGACAUCCAGUAUCGUAAUACGGUCAUAACCUGUCAUAAUUUGGUCAUAUAUCUGUCAUGACCCAUAUAUUUACACCUGUUGUGACAUGUAUUGCAUUAUUUUAUGGCUGGUUAUGACGCCUACAUAAGAGUGUCAACUCACAUUUAUUCAAAUUUAGUUUUUUCCCUGCCAAGAAGUUUCCUUUCGUUUGAAAGUUUGUUUCUUAAAUCCUUUGUUGUAAUGAGUUUUUAGUCAUGUUUUUUUCAUUUUAAAUAACUUGUAGAAAAUACACUAUGACCCUGUCAUGAAGCAUUAUGACCAUCCUGUGUCAUUUUACUUGGACUAAGAAAAUAGACUUUCUGACACUGUCGAAGCAUUAUGACCAUCAUAAUCAUAUAAGCAAGAUAGGCCUAUUAUGUACAUCCCCUUAUGUCAGUCAUCAGUCAAAAAGAGGGUGUCUUGUCCUGCUCCUGAAAUCUGAUCCGGCAUUCAUCCCAGUCAUCAGCAACAGAGCAUUGGGGUAGGCGCAUGUGUUGACAUGUAGGCUAUGGUGUAAUGAAUGUUUUGCGUUGUGUGGUAGGUUUUGUGGGUUUUUACACUCAUGUAGGUGUCAUAACCUGCCAUACAAUAUGUCACAACAGGUCUAAAUAUGUCAUGACUGUGUUAUGACCAUAUUAUAACUGGUUAUGACAAGUUAUAUCAGCUGUUAUGACAUAUUAUGACAUGGUAUGAUGCUGGGUGUCAAGUAAAGUGUUACCGAUAAAUCAAAUCAAAGUUUAUUGGUUGCGUACACAGAUUUGCAGAUGUUAUCGCAGGUGCAGUGAAAUGCUUGUGUUUCUAGCUCCAACUAAAUAAACAGUACACACAUAUUCCAAAUUUAAUAAAUUAAGACAUAUCAGAACGAGCAAUGUCAGAGCACGGAAUAUAUGCAGUAUCUCACAAAAGUGAGUACACCCCUCACAUUUUUGUUAAUAUUUGAGUAUAUCUUUUCAUGUGACAACACUGAAGAAACUUUGCUACAAUGAAAAGUAGUGAGUGUACAGCUUGUAUAACAGUGUACAUUUGGUGUCCCCUCAAAAUAACUCAACACACAGCCAUUCAUGUCUAAACCGCUGGCAACAAAAGUGAGUACACCCCUAAGUGAAAAUGUCCAAAUUGGGCCCAAUUAGCCAUUUUCCCUCCCCUUUUUCAAUGGACUCAUUAGUGUUACAAGGUCUCAGGUGUGAAUGGGGAGCAGGUGUGUUAAAUUUGGUGUCAUCGCUCUCACACUCCCUCAUACUGGUCACUGGAAGUUCAACAUGGCACCUCAUGGCAAAUAAUUCUCUGAGGAUCUGAAAAAAAAGAAUUGUUGCUCUACAUAAAGAAGAUUGCCAAGACCCUGAAACUGAGCUGCAGCACAAUGGCCAAGACCAUAUAGCGGUUUAACAGGACAGGUUCCACUCAAAACAGGCCUCGCCAUGGUUGACCAAAGAAGUUGAGUGCACGUGCUCAGCGUCAAAUCCAGAGGUUGUCUUUGGGAAAUAGACGUAUGAGUGCUGCCAGCAUUGCUUCAGAGAUUGAAGGGGUGGGAGGUCAGCCUGACAGUGCUCAGACCAUACGCCGCAUACUGCAUCAAAUUGGUCUGCAUGGCUGUCGUCCCAGAAGGAAGCCUCUUCUAAAGAUGAUGCACAAGAAAGCCCGCAAACAGUUUGCUGAAGACAAGCAGACUAAGGAAAUGGAUUACUGGAACCAUGUCCUGUGGUCUGAUGAGACCAAGAAACUUAUUUGGUUCAGAUGGUGUCAAGCGUGUGUGGCGGCAACCAGGUGAGGAGUACAAAGACAAGUGUGUCUUGCCUACAGUCAAGCAUGGUGGUGGGAGUUUCAUGGUCUGGGGCUGCAUGAGUGCUGCCGGCACUGGGGAGCUACAGUUCAUUGAGGGAACCAUGAAUGCCAACGUACUGUGACAUACUGAAGCAGAGCAUGAUCCCCUCCCUUCGGAGACUGGGCCGCAUAACGACCCCAAACACACCUCCAAGACAACCACUGCCUUGCUAAAGAAGCUGAUGGUAAAGGUGAUGGACUGGCCAAGCAUGUCUCCAGACCUAAACCCUAUUGAGCAUCUGUGGGGCAUCCUCAAACGGAAGGUGGAGGAGUGCAAGGUCUCUAACAUCCACCAGCUCCGUGAUGUCGUCAUGGAGGAGUUGAAGAGGACUCUAGUGGCAACCUGUGAAGCUCUGGUGAACUCCAUGCCCAAGAGGGUUAAGGCAGUGCUGGAAAAUGAUGGUGGCCACACAAAAUAUGUACACUUUUUACACUGUUAUACAAGCUGUACUCUCACUACUUUACAUUGUAGCAAAGUGUCAUUUCUUCAGUGUUGUCACAUGAAAAUAUAUACUCAAAUAUUUACAAAAAUGUGAGGGGUGUACUCACUUUUGUGAGCUAUUGUAUAUACAUAUAAUGUAUAUACAUUUACACUGAGUAUACCAAACAUUAGGAAUACCUUCCUAAUAUUGAGUUGCAAGUGACAUCAAUAAGGGAUCAUACCUUUCACCUGGUCAGUCUGCCAUGUUUUAUACACUCAGUGUAUAUACAGUAGUAGUGUGUAAAGAUAGUAUGGACAGUAUAUGAAUAGAAAAGGUGUGUACAGCAGUAGUUAUUAGUGGUACAAUUGCAGUAGUGAUUCCAGUGGUGCGAAGCAGGGUUGGGGUCAAUUCCAUUUAAAUUCCAGUCAAUUCAGGAGGUACACUGAAAUUUCAAUUUUCUUCAAUGCUUUUCAAUUAAAGAACAGUUGGAAUUGGAAUUUGGUUUACUUGACGACAAACCUGGUAUGAAGUAACACUGGUUGUGUUAAGCAUAUGCCUAUAUACAUUUAGUAUAAUUUUUUUUACAUUUUAGUCAUUUAGCAGACGCUCUUAUCCAGAGCGACUUACAGUUAGUGAGUGCAUACAUUUUUCAUACUGGCCCCCCGUGGGAAUGGAACCCACAACCCUGGCGUUGCAAGUGCCAUGCUCUACCAACUGAGCUACAGGAGGGACUAGUGGGCAGGAGUGUUGGGAAGGACUGUUGCUUCCCCUUUUAUAUCUACAUUAUAAUCUUUUAAAUAUCUGCAUCAAAAUGAAGGAAAUUUUACUUAAAAAUACGGAUUUUGAUAACAUAUAACAUAUGCCAUUUAGCAGACGGUUUUAUCCAAAGCGACUUACAGUCAUGCGUGCAUACAUUUAACGUAUGGGUGGUCCCGGGAAUUGAACCCAAUACCCUGGCGUUACAAGCGCCAUGCUCUACCAACUGAGCUACAAAGGACCACAUGUUAUUACUUUAUCCGUUUAAGUUAUUACAUUAUUAAUAAAAUACGUUUUUACACACCUGAUAAUGUAAUAAGUUAUUACCAUAUCUGGGGGAAAUUAUUACGUUAUCAUUCAACCGUUUUAAUAAGUUAUCAGGAGAUUUAAUAGAUUAUCUGUUUUUUGUUAGGUUAAUAAAAAAACACAUAUUACAUGAUUAAAAGUGACCUUAUUUGGUGUUAUUACGUUAUCCCCUGUUACAGGCUUACUCUCCUACCAGUGCUAGUGAAAGACAAAUCAGCGAGACAUUAUAAUGAUACUCUAUUAUAUGAUUUAACACAGUUUCAGGAACAUAUACUGUCUCAUCCUCACUGAUCUAAUUGGGAUCAGGUUAUAUAUCCUCCUGUAUGCACAACAGUCCUAGACCUGUUACUAGUCCUAGUGUUAUUAUGUCAGUGAUCUCCCCAGUCAGUAGAUCUAAUGGCUCGUGUGUGUCCCAUGACGCCCAGGUGACAAUAGCCUGCGAUGCCGUGCUCAACGCCGCGUCGGCCUACAAAAAACAGGAGCCCGACUCCUGGGAGGAGGAGAUCCAGGUUUCCAAACAUGCCAGGAGUCUCCGACAGCAGGACAACGGCGUGAGGAUCCCACCCAGGUAAAUAACUGCCUACUGAUUGGACUGACAACUGUUAUGCAAUGAUGUAGAAACACCAAUGUGGUGGACGGUGGCUUCAGACCAACGUCCCCGUCAGCCAUCUGUAGAAUAUGGAUGUCUGGUAUAAUUUUGUGCGCUUGUGUUUCUGCUAGUUUGUGGGUCCUCUGGUGUUUCUUGUGUGGUUUAGGGGGUCCUUCUGAGUUACUUAAUGCAGGGGUUCUCUAACUUUUUGGGUCCGGCGACCACUUUUGUGAUAGCAAAUUCAUCAGGGACCCCUUCAUGAUCAGAACAACUCGAGUGAGAUAUAUAAAAUAGCAUACAAGGAGUUUUACUAUGACUUUGGCAGUGCAUGGCCGGAUUAACCAAGUCUCUGGACCUGGGAAGGAAAAUGUUUAAAGGCCUGCCUCUUGGCAUCGGAGAGAAAACGUUGCCGUUUUCAAGCUAAUUUCAUGCAAUUGUUUUUUAUUAUUAUUUUUACUUUUACCCCCCUUUUUCUCCCCAUUUUCGUGAUAUCCAAAUGGUAGUUAGUCUUGUACGGACUCGGGAGAGGCAAAGGUCGAGAGGGCAGAGAGAUGUUUGGUUGUUGCAGCUUUAAAGCUAAUAUCCUGCAAUACUACACAUUUUGCCGUGAGGCAUUGAGAAAACGUUGCUGUUUUAAAGGCCCAGUGCAGUCAAAAAUGUGAUUUUUCUGUGUUUUAUAUACACAGAGUAUACAAAACAUUUAAGAACACCUGCUCUUUCCAUGACAGGCUAACCAGGUGAAUCCAAGUGAAAGCUAUGAUCCCUUAUUUUUGUUACUUGUUAAAUCCACUUCAAUCAGUGUAGAUGAAGGGGAGUAGACACGUUAAAGAAGGAUUUUUAAGCCUUGAGAUAAUUGAGACAUGGAUUGUCUGUGUGCCAUUGAGGGUGAAUGGGUAAGACAAAAAAUUGAAGUGCCUUUGAAUGAGGUACAGUAGUAGGUGCCAGGCACACAGGUUUGAGUGUGUCAAGAACUGCAACGCUGCUGGAUUUUUCACGCUUAAGUUUCCAGUGUGUAUCAAGAAUGGUCCACCACCCAAAGGACAUCCAGCCAACUUUACACAACUGUGGGAAGCAUUGGAGUCAACAUGGGCCAGCAGCAUCCCUGUGAAACACUUUCGACAUCUUGUAGAAUCCAUGCCCUGACUAAUUGAGGCUGUUCUGAGGGCAAAAGGAACGGGUGCAACUCAAUAUUGGGAAGAUGUUCCUUAAUGUUUGGUAUACUCAGUAUAUAUUUCCACUCUGAGGCCGGAAUAAUAUUGUGAAAAUGAUAAUGCCCUUUCAGUGUAAGAGCUGUUUGAAAAGACUGCCUGAAAUUUCAGCCUGUUUUGGUGACAUCACUAGGCGGUAAAUUAGUUAAUAGACCAGUAAGGAGUUCCAAACCUCUCUGCCAAUAACAGCUUGUUUUCAGUUUUCCCGUCCCAACUCAGACCACUCCCAGACAGUCCUACCAAAAUGAUUGCUUGAGGAAUUGCUCUUUUUAAGAAGAUAUUUUUGUUUAUCUUUUACAUUUUUAUUGAAAAUAAGGUACUGAAUUGUUACCCAGAAAUUAUUUGAUAUUUAUACUGAACACAAAUAUAAAUGGAACAUGCAACAAUUUCAACGGUUUUACUGAGUUACAGUUCAUAUAAGGAAAUCAGUAAAUUGAAAUAAAUGAAUUAGGCCUAAUCUAUGGAUUUCACAUGACUGGGCAGGGGUGCAGCCAUGGGUGGGCCUGGGAGGGCAUAGGCACAUUUUUAGAGUGGCCUUUUAUUGUCCCCAGCACAGGUGCACCUGUGUAAUGAUCAUGCUGUUUAAUAAGCUUCUUGAUAUGCCACACCUGUCAGGUGGAAGGAUUAUCUUGGCAAAGGAUAAAUGCUCACUAACAGGGAUGUAAACACAUUUGAGAUGAAUAAGCUUUUUGUGCAUAUGGGAAAUUUCUGGGAUCUUUUAUUUCAGCUCAUGAAACAUGGGACCAACACUUUACAUGUUGCAUUUAUAUUUUUGUUUAGUAUAGAUAAAAAAACGGCUGCGUUGGACCUUUUUAAAGCUUGAAUUAAAGUGCAUUUAUGUAAAAAAAAGGUACAAUAAUUGGGGUGGGGAAUACAAGAGGUAUUGUGUUGAAAAAUAAUUUAUGGAAUACUGUCGAUACCAAUAUCCCUGUGAGCCUUCCAGGCCCAUGUUGUCCAGGGUUAAGAACAUAAAUUGUAAAUUAGUAUUACAUUGUAUUGCACCCUCAACUUAUUCCACGGAUCCCAAAAUGUGUUUAUUCUGUUAGUAAUAUGCAUGAAAACAAUUAAAUGUAGAAUAAAAAAAAAUAUAUAUAUUUUAGAGAUCUGGCUGUGGAACCCCUGCAGUACCUCUGCGGACCCCACUUUGGGAACACUUUACUUAAUGUCCCUCCACUUUACUUGUGGGAUUCUGCCCCCAUAUCAAGGAAUCUCUCCUGGUUUAAUAUUCCAAAGGACACAUAGGCCUACAUACCCAGAAAGACUAUGCUCUCUUUCUGAUUUAUUAAACUGGCUUGGUCGCCAUAGGUAGACGUCUCAGCAACUGGUCAAGCAAUUUCCUGUGCUGAGGAUGGUAAUUAUGAACGGUAGGGAAAUUAGAUGGGUGCAAAUGCGGCUGGGCCACUCUGUAGAUGAGACUGAAGGUUACCACACUAAAUAUAACCCCAAGCAGACAACAAUUGCAGACAGACACCCAUGUGCAGCUGCAUCAACUUUGUCACUCUUUGAGGUGCACAAAACAUGAUGGGACACACCAGAGCACUUGGAUUAACUUGGCUGACCCAUUUCUCAGCAACUUUCAAAUCAACAGGUGUUUUCUUAGGUGUCUGAAGCCAAGUUACUCUGUAAUGUUAGUGCUUUUUGCCUGACAUGGAAGUUACUCCUAUUAUUUAGCAUUAAGAAGCACUAGCGUUAAGAAGUGCUUUAUAAUGAGAAAUGUUAAACACACGAGUGUCCUACCCUUUUUAUUGAACAUAAUUCAGGUCAAUAAAUUAACUCCAAUGAGAGAGAAUGCUUUUCGACCAUUCUUGCCAUUUUGUCCUGCAAGGAAUAACAACACUGAAAAAAAUAUAUAAGAGCUAAGCUAUUUAGCAACAUGUGAUAUGACUGAAUGUUUCCCCGUUCCCCUCUCUUUUCAGUGGCUGGAAAUGUCAAAAGUGUGAGAUGAAAGAGAACCUGUGGCUGAACCUGUCGGACGGAGCGGUGCUUUGUGGGAAGUGGUUCUUUGAUGGUGCCGGAGGAAACGGCCAUGCCUUGGACCACUUCAAAGACACCAACUUCCCCCUGGCAGUCAAGCUGGACAACAUCACCCCAGACAUAGCAGGUCAGUGACACAUAUUGGGGAAAACAAACUUGGCCUGAUUUCAGUGUUUUAAUUCUUCCAUUAGUAUAAAGCAGACAGCCCCUAUUAAACUGUCCCUUGAGUUGUGUGUUGUGUAUAAACUGACCAUAAAUCUCCUUCAAUUUGUUGUUUUGUAAGUAAUCAGUGUAAAUGUAUGAGUAGCAAUUAACUUGUAACUAGGUUUAACUGUUUUGAUUUUCUCUCUCAGAUAUUUAUUCGUUCGAUGAAGAAGAAGCAGUCCUGGACCCACAAAUAUCCGAACACUUGCAACACUUUGGAAUAGACAUGAUACAGAUGCAGUGGGUAUGUCUCACCAUCGUUGUAGGAAUACAAUUUGUGAUUUUCAACAAAUACUGCCUGUCAAUGUCACCAAAAGUAACCUAUUUCAAACAGCCAUUUCCAUUUCACAGAGAAUGUGGGCCUAGAAUAAUAUCAACCAUCUCUGGGUAUGGCUGGACCCCCAUUUUGAAUGUCCACUCCCUCCUUUUAUUCCAUUGAUUUGAAUAGGAUGGAACAGAAAAUGGCCACCACAACACAAACAACAUGCGGCCACGAGUCAGUGAGUGGGAGGUGAUCCAGGAGUCUGGCAUGAAGCUGAAGGCAGUGUAUGGCUCGGGUUUCACGGGCAUCAAGAACCUGGGCAACAGCUGCUACCUGGGCACCACCAUGCAGGUCCUCUUCAGCAUCCCUGAGUUCCAGAGGGCGUAAGUAUCACUAGCAUCUGGGAGGGUGUGGGAGAGGGAUAGAGGGAGAGUGAGAGAGAGGCAUCCAGAAUGGACCAGAAUUAACAUACUAAAUCAGGACGUUGGUGGGGGGAGGGGUCAUGUUUCGCCCUCAUACAACAACACCGAUAAAGAUGACUAUGAAAGAAAAGUGACUUGACCUAAAGGUCUUAUUACACGUUUUGUACACAUCUAUUGGAUAAUAGUUGCACAACAAUACCUACAGUACUGUAAGUGGCAGGCUUAUACGAGUGGAUGAACGUAGUGUUCAAUCUCAUAUUUUCCCUCUAAAAAAUCUCUCCUGGACUCAUACGAUUUAUUUUACAGUAGCAUGUGUAUGAUGUCUGUUUUUAAUCUCUAGGUAUGUUGGAAAUCUACAGAGGAUAUAUGACUACUCACCUCUUGACCCCAGCACGGACUUCAGCACACAAAUGUAAGUAAAUGCACAGUUAAAUAACAUUGUUGUCAUGUUUAUGACCUUCACCAUGUUGAUUUUGAUUUAGCUUGUCACAUAAAUCAGCAAGUUGUUUACCACUGGUGUUUCCCAAUCUAUUUUGUUCUUAGUAGUUUGAGUAGCUGUUAAAAUGCAAGCAUGUGUAAUGAGUCAUAUGUGUUUGGUCAAUCAUUUAAUUGCUUUCCUUUUUUAUUUGUAUGUUGAUGGUGGAGAUGGUGUUAGCAAACAGCUUUUGUUCUUAGUCAAGUUUGAGCAGCUAUUACAAUGCGAGCUUGUGUAAUAGGACAGGCCAUAUUGGUUUGUCACUAAUCCAUUGGUUUCCUUUUGUUUUUGUUUAUCCACCAGGGCUAAACUGGGCCACGGACUCCUCUCAGGCAUGUACUCCAAACCACCAAUGAAAUCCGAGCUCAUUGAACAGGUGACGAAAGAAGAAUACAAGGUAUUAGACUGGGUACGUUCAGCUCGAUAUCUGGGUAUA